AUGGCCAAAUCUGAAGAGAUGAUAAACUAUAUAAAUGGACCAGAAAAGCAAUUGAAUGUCCAGAAAACCUUUUUUAGAAAGAGUUUUAUGAACAAGCCCGUGGACAUCAGCCAAGAAACACCCACAAGUAUUGCGAAUCCCUACGCCAAUAAACUAUCAGGUUUCAUUUCACCUAUGAUAUUGAAAAAGUUUAAUCUUUGUGGAACUCCGGUGUCUAAGGAACUACCAAUUGACCCAAGUCGUAAUAAUUCUUCCACACUGAUAAUGAAAGAGGAACCUAUUCAUCCGAGUAAGAAACCACUACCAUUCCCACCCGUUGUCAAUGCAUUUAUCCCAGCUUCAUUGAUUAAUAUGGAAAAUAAAGUUCCCGAAGAGAGUUUUAACAGUAGGAUUGAGAGCAUCCAGAACCACUCCUAUUGUAGUGUAAUAAGACCUUACGAAAAAGUGCUUGAUGAUGAAGUUACUUUGGUUGUUGGUGAGAAAGUUAGGAUCUUGAAGACCCAUACUGAUGGUUGGUGCUUGGUUAGCAAGGAGGAUAAUUCAAGAGGAGUGGUACCAAAGCUAUGUUUAAGGUACAGAAGUUCCAGCCUGACAAAUAAGUAG